GUGAUGCUCUCCUGGAUUCUUCUCCAGCCCUGGGAUUAAAUAGCUCUCCUGGAGUCAGUGCGGGCAGACGCCGUCUCCUAGGUCCAGGGCUCUAGUCCUCUGGCUGGGGAUUUCAUAAGGGAGCAUCUCUCUCCUGGGGACCAUUCCAUGAGAAGGAUCUUCCAUAACAUUAUCCAGCAAGAGUGGUCAUGGCCUUCUUAUUUCAGCUUAUCUUCCUGGCCGGUCAUGCCCAGCAAGCCUUUGGCUCGUGGGGCGUCACCUACCCCCAAAGCCUGCACAGUGUAAAGGACUCCUGCAUCCUGAUACCCUGCACCUUCAGCUACCCCAGCACAGUGAUCCCCAUGGACGGCAUUGUGGCCAUCUGGUACAAGGAUUACCAAAGCCAGAGCACCAUUAUCUACCACUCUGCCACUCCCAGCGAGGUCGACAGCAGGUUUCAGGGCCGUACCGAGAUGCUGGGCGACCUGGCCCUGCACAACUGCACCCUGCUGCUGAGGGGUGUGAGGAUUGAAGACAGGGGCAAGUACAACUUCAGGUUCGAGAUCAAUCAGGGUGACAAGUGGUCAGACCUGCUUGGGGUGACGCUGACUGUUUACCGAAUAUCCCUGUUCUUUCCAUCCCUAGAUGCCCCCAACAGCCCGGCCAUUGCUGCUCCGGAAGAUCUAACGGAGGGUGUGAGAGGGAACUUCACCUGCUCCAGCCCAUACGUCUGCCCAUACGAUAGCAUCGCUCUGCAGUGGAGGGGCUACAAUGCAGUGGUCUCAACCGUGGCUGGGGCAGUGCAACUGGACACUGCCGGAGUGCUCAACCAGCAGACCCUCAUUACCUCCUUGUCAUGGCAGGACCACUCCAAAAAACUGUUCUGUGAUGUAUCUGUUGGCGCUAAGCAGGCAACCGGGGAAAUCGCUCUGUGGGUGAAACAUGUCCCACGCCAAGGCCCAAAAGUGGUCAUCAACCCCUCUGCAUAACGAAUCAUCCGGUGGCAGACACCGUGUCCUCAGUGCAGUGUGAACCUACGCACCUUCCCUGAGGUCACCAGCUUACAAGUGUGGUACAAGGGCAGGAACCGCCUUUGUGAUGCGAACAGAUCCUGGACUCUCCAGAGCGUUGCUCGUGAAGAUUAUGGCCCGUACCACCUGUGAGCGGAAAAUUCAGGUCGGGGACCAGGGGUGGCGUGAAGCAGUUGUUUCCUAUGUGUUUUUUCUGCAGUGGUCUCGGUGAGCCCUUCUGCAGAGAUACAGGAAGGCGAGAUGGUCACUUUGACAUGCGAGGUUCCCGGCGAGGACAACCAGGAUCUCAGCUACACCUGGUACAAGAACAAUAUCUGGAUCAAGGAAGGCACGGCCCGCUCCCUUGUGUUUCACGAAAUCACCACCAGCGACACUGGCUAUUAUUUGUGCAAGGUGCAGAACGACAAAGGGAGUGAAAUGUCCCAGGCCAUCAGCCUGAGUGUGUUCUAUCCCCCAAGGGGCCUUGCAAUCAGCUUGUUCCAGGAGAUGCAGGAAGGAAAACUGGCUAUCAUUCACUGCACCGUGGAUAGCCACCCCCUGUCUGUCCUGGCCCUUUACCACAACGAGGCCCUCCUCGCCACCACCAGCUCCCACGCGGCCCCCAACCAGCUCAGCGUCACGGCUUCCCACAACUCCUUGAAACUGGAGAUCUGGAACGUGCUGCCGGAGGACGACGGCCGAUACCGGUGCACGGCAAGCAACACGUACGGGAACGCGACUGCUGUAAAGCUGUUCCAGUGCCCAAAUCCAGAAUCCCUGGCCAAACCACAAUUCCCAUUAUGCACCGUGGCUUCCUUCUUGUUAAGCCACCACAAGUGCAUCAAGGGACUCCCUGCGGCGAGAGUGUUGAUUGGUCCCUCCCCGGAGGUGCGCGAAGGAGAUGCAGUCACCCUGACGUGCAUCACCACCCGAAGCGCAGAGGAAGGGACCAGCUACACCUGGUAUAAGAAUGCCAGGUGGCUGGGGGAGAGCUCUGAGAACACCCUGGUCCUCCCAGCCACAAGCAGGGAUGCGGGCGCUUUCCAGUGUAAGGCCCAGAAUAAGAGAGGCAGCAGCACCUCUCCGGCUGUCACCCUGCGGGUGCUAUUCCCACCGAGACGGCCCCAGAUGAGCUCCCUGCUAGAGACGCAGAACAGGCAUCUGGGUAUCAUCCUGUGCACCACCGAGAGCGACCCCCAGUCCCAAUUAGCCCUGUACAAAGGAGAUGAAUUAGUAGCUUCCACCAGUGGCUCCCGCUCGUUGGCCGGCCAGAGGCUCAGUGCGACUCCAUCGUACAACAGCUUGAAGGUGGAGAUCCGCGAGGUGGUGCUGGAGGACGAAGGGACCUACGUGUGCUCGGCUAGGAACACCUACGGCAAUGCAAGCACCUCCAUGGUCUUCAGUGCAGAGACGGCAAGGGUCAUUGCCACACCGGCCUCGGAGGUGCAGGAAGGCCAGGGGGUCAACCUGACCUGCCAAGUGAGCAGGAACUCAUUGGCCAUGACUAACUACAGCUGGUACAGAAACGGCCAGUGGCUGUCCGAGGGCCUGGCGAAUUCCCUGGUGUUCCAUCAGGUGGCCAGUGCAGACGCCGGGGUCUAUUACUGCAAGGCAACGAAUAACGGAACAAGCAGAAGCUCCGCCUUGGUCUCGCUGAAUGUGCUAUGCCCCAGGAAUCCCCGAAUGACCUCGUUCCUGGAGGCGGAAAUGGGCACACUGGCCAUCAUCCGGUGCAUGGUGGACAGCAACCCCCCAGCCCAGCUGUCUCUGUAUAAAGGAGAUGAACUCGUGGCCUCCACCAGCUCCAGGACUGCAGCCGCCCAGCGGAUUGGCGUCACUGCCUCCCCGAACUCCCUGAGGGUAGAGAUCCGGGACAUCACGCUGGAGGAUGAAGGGAACUAUUGCUUCACCGCUAGCAAUGCGUAUGGCACAUCUUCCGGCCGCCUGUACUUCCGUGUGCAAACGGCCAGAGUUCUAAUCACGCCCUCCACAGACGUGCAGGAAGGGGAUGGUGUCUCCCUGACAUGCGAUGUGACAGGAAAUGCUCCAGAGGGCGCCAUCUACACCUGGUACAAAAACAGCCACCGGCUCCACGAGAGCUCGGAGAGCUCCCUCCGCUUCCCGCACAUAACCAGUGGGGAUACUGGCUCUUACCACUGCAAGGCUCACAGCCCCGAGGGACCCAGCAGCAGCAUCUCCCCAGCCGUCAGCGUACACGUCUCUUAUCCGCGGGAGCCCCAGUUGACCUCCUUCCUGGAGACACUGGAUGGGCAGCUGAGCAUUCUCCAGUGCACUGUGAGUGACCCACAGUCAGAGUUAUCUCUGUUCAGAGGUAAACUUGUGGCUUCCACCACUGGCUCCCACCCUGCAGCCAGACAGCGAGUCAGCAUCUCGUCAUCACUCAACAGCUUGAAGGUGGAGAUCCAGGCUGUGGUAAUGGAGGAUGAAGGAGAGUAUGUAUGUUCUGCUAGUAACGCAUACGGCAACGCAACCUCCUCACUGAACUUCACUGCGGAGACUGCUAGGGUCUGGAUCUCUCCUUCGCCGGAUGUCCACGAGGGGGAUGCUGUUAACCUGACCUGUGCAGUUGACAGUGAUGCCCCGGGGAUGCCGCACUACACCUGGUAUAAGAAUAACAUAUGGUUCAGAGAGGGCCCUGGCAGGUCACUCGUGUUUCCCAAGGUCACCACUGCUGAUGCUGCAUCCUACCACUGCACGGUGAAGACCCAGGAGAGGGUUAGAAGCUCUUCCCCAGGCACUUUGAAUGUCCUUUAUCCUCCCAGGAAUCUCUGGGUGAAGUCCUUUCUGGAGGCUCAAGAUGGGAAGCUAGCCAUCAUCAUCUGUGCUGUUGACAGUAACCCGCAGUCAGAACUGGCCCUGCGCAGAGCUGGUGAGCUGGUUGCUUCUGGUUCCUCCCGAGGUAAUGAGGCAUCCGGACAGAGGUUACACAUCUCGUCCUCACCUAACUCCUUAAAACUGGAGAUCAGGAGCGUCACCUUGGAGGAUGAAGGAACGUAUGUGUGCUCGGCAAACAAUGUGAUCGGCGAGGCCAGCACCUCGGUAUACUUCACCAUAGAGACUGCGAGGGUUGUGAUCCAACCAGGUCCCGAUGUACGUGAGGGGGACCGCAUCACACUGACCUGUGAGGAUACCAGUAGCCAGCCGAGCACCAUUUACACCUGGUACAAGAACACCAAAUGGCUGGCGGAGGGCCCUGCCAGUUCCCUCAUGAUCCCUGGUGCGGCAGGCACUGAUGCUGGCUCGUACUCCUGCACAGCUCACGACAGGGGAAGAAGGACAUCUCUGCCCACCGCCUUGCGCGUCCUAUAUGCCCCAAGGAAGCCCUCACUGAGCUCCUUCCUAGAUGCCCAGGAUGGGCGCCAGGCCAUCAUCCAAUGCACUGUCGAGAGCCACCCACCGUCAGAUAUAGCUUUAUACAGAGGGGCUGAGCUCACACCUGUGGCUUCCACCCGGAGUUCUCGGGGCUCACCCAACCAGCGGCUGAGCGUUCACGUGUCCCACAAUUCCCUGAAGGUGGAGAUGAAGGACGUUGUGCUGGAGGACGCAGGCCAGUACAUCUGCUCAGCUAACAACACCUACGGCAGUGCUGCAGCAUCCAUGCACUUCGGUGUGGAGACUGUCAGAAUCAUGAUUGAACCAUCUCAGGAAAUCCAUGAAGGAGUCGCCGUCAACGUGACCUGCCUGGUUGCCGAUUGGCUCAGGGGGGAGACCAACUACACCUGGUAUAAGAACAGCAAGUGGCUGCAGGACGGUCUCGUUAGCUCGCUCCACCUUGAUAGGGUAUCCAGUGCCGACACUGGGUCAUACCACUGUCGGGCAGAGGGGAGGACAGGAAGUGCCACCUCUGCCCUGGUCAGCUUGGAUGUGCUCUACGCUCCAAGAAACCCAUCGAUGAACGUCUUCUUGGAGAACCGCAAUGCAAGGGUGGGCCUCAUCCGAUGUACAGCUGAAAGCAACCCACAGGCUGAAUUAGCCCUGUACAGAAAGGAUAAACUAGUGGCUUCCACCCGAGGCUCCCGCUCAGCAGCCAGCCAGAGGGUCGGUGUGUUUCCAUCCUACAACACCUUGAGAGUGGAGAUCUGGGAUGUCACAUCAGCAGAUUCGGCAGAAUACACGUGCAUGGCCAGCAAUGCACUGGGCAACGUGACAGCCACUUCCUACUUCAGUGCACAGACUCUCACUGACCUCCGCUUGUACAAGAUCCUGGCCGGGAUGUUCAUUGCAGCGCUGGGGGUUAUUGUUCUGGCCGUUGCAGUGGUCCUGUUAUGGCCCAGGAUAAAGAAGAUACUGAAGCCGCUAAAAGAUGAAAGCUCCCUGGAACUGACCGGCACAAGGGAACAAUCACAGGUUGACGACGGCUGCUCGAUCAACAGCUAAGCACGACGCCCGGCAGUGCCUGGAGCAGCUUGCACGGCACUGAGACUCCCCUGCCCGGCUGGACCUGGGCAGCGAAGUUGUUCUCACCCGGUGGCACAUUUUUAGUGCUCGCCAUACCUUGUACAUUGCAUGUGUCAAAUGCAGGACCGCUGUCAGUACCCAGAACUGAGCCCGGGCUGUGAAAAAUCCCAGGUGGUGUUUUCAUUGUAACUCUGUUUAGCAUCCUCACCCCUCGCCCCCUCCACAAAACCCACGCCAGCCGGAGUGCCCUCAUCUGUGCCCUGUGACUCCAUCAAGCCCCAUGUUUGCAAUAACCUUCUGGCGUGCUGCCAAGCAUCUAAUCAGUCACAAAAUAAACAAAGGAGCAAAGUGUCAGUAUCACAAAUG